CCAGCGCACCGAACGGCCGCCAAUGAUUUACACAUUGCUUUAUACACGUUAAGGAACAGAAAAAUACAAAUAAAUCAACUAUUUGUGUAUAUUUUUCUCAACUUGAGGAUAACUAUUCUACCGAGGACUGUCGCUUUGGGAUGUAUUUCUAACCUGACAAUUUUUUUUUAUUCUGCGUGUCCACUUUAUCAGCUGCCGACCAUUUCUGUCUCUCGCUUUCUUUUAAUUAUUUUUUCUUUGGUUCUCAGAUUUACUUUAUAUAACAAAAGCACAUGUAUUGUUAUUAAUGUGCGACUGACUAACUGCUAUGACAGGGAAACUUGUGGACAAACUCCCUAUUAACAUGAGCAGUUUAAUAAACCCGAUGCCUGAUAGCCUUUAUUCAGAAGAGGAUAUUCCUACGUCUAUGAAUAUUUUCCCCGGCACGGAUACGAUUUCUCAUUAUUCACAGAUGACAACAGAUAGCAUGAUGGACCUGGGAAUGGGCAAUGACAAGACCACUCAGGACCCACAGUACAGUGGCACUUUUCCUCCCAGCCGUAAUGGACAGACUGUCACCUACCUGGGGAAGUUUGCCUUCGACGCACCACCCUCAAGUAGCCUAAGUGGCUCCAGCUGGUGCCCAGAUAACAACAUCAUCAGCCUCGUGAGUGCGGGCAUCCUGGCCGCCUCGCCUGGAGCUAUCGCCCCCCAAACCUCAUCUCCGGCGGGUAGCAUUGGGGCCCAAGGCUCAGAGCUGGACCAGGUGUACGGCUCUAAUCUUCCUCCUUAUUCGACUAGUGAUAUGUAUCAGGACCAGGUCUCCUUUCACAACCCUCCAACUACUACACCUCUGCCCUACAGUAACACGGACUACCACCCUGCUAAACCCACCGUGGACAGCAACCUCUUUUCCAUGAUUCCAGAUUACAACCUCUUCCAUCACCAGAGUGAGGUGAGUGUAAUGGAGCACAAACCCUUUCAAAAUGUGGAUCCCAUCAGAGUAAACCCUCCCCCCAUUACCCCUUUGGAGACUAUCCGCGCCUUUAAAGACAAGCAACAGAUUCACCCUGGCUUUCCAAGCAGCCAGCAACAUCACCAGCACCAAGCACCACAUCACCCAGCACCUCAGACUCUAACCUUCAAACCUAUUCGACCCAGAAAGUAUCCCAAUCGACCCAGUAAGACCCCAGUACACGAAAGACCACAUGCCUGCCCAGCAGAGGGCUGCGAUCGGCGCUUUUCACGCUCAGAUGAAUUGACACGCCACCUCCGAAUCCACACUGGACACAAGCCCUUCCAGUGUCGCAUCUGUAUGCGUUCCUUCAGUCGCAGUGACCACCUAACCACGCAUAUCCGCACUCACACCGGUGAGAAGCCAUUUGCCUGCGAGUUCUGUGGCCGCAAGUUUGCCCGUAGUGAUGAGCGGAAGAGACAUGCCAAGGUUCAUCUCAAGCAAAAGGACAAAAAGUUAGCAGAAAAAACAAGCUCAAGCACAAGUGGCCACACGUCCCCACCUGUAUCCUGUGGCAGUGCUACCAGUGGUGCCUUGACAGUGACAACAUGUGCAUAAGGCCAUUUUGAAUCUAAGGACUUAAGUGCCCUGAAGAACAAAACAUGUAUUUGGUACUUUCUUCCAUCUCUAGAGACCUUGUGAAGGCUUGGGCUGGGAGGGCGAGUUGGCAAAUAACUUCUUACUUAUUUUGCUCUUGUCUCUUUUUGGAAGACGAACAUACAAGAAGCUGGGCAUGAGCAAGUGAAAUUGCAAAACGUCAAUCUAAAUUGCCUCAUGGGGCCGGUGGUAGGAAAUUCAAUGCCACACCUUCCAUUCACUCAAGGGAAAUGUCAAUCCAGUGAGUUUCAGACUGGUCUGGAUUAAAACAUUUGCUUUAAAGUUUACUUGCAGAAAAGUUAAGAAGGUACAUCUUAGCUUAUAAAUAAUAUUUAGUGUGAUCCAUUUAUUUUUUAUUAAGUAAACUUUAUAAAGCUAAUGCAAAUCAAGAAAAUUUGCUGGUAAGAAAUCAACUGAGGUGAACAAGAUUUGGGGACUUUAGGUCGCUUUUGUGUGGUGCAAGAACAAAGCUGAUUAUGUUGGCAACUUUGUUUUUUUCUGGACGUCUGGCUUCUGAUGUCCCUAUUCUCAAUCUCCAUCAUAAUAGCAAAAAAGAACUGUUUGCUGAAUGACCAUAUAGAAAAAAAUAUAUGCGUAUGGAAAAAAAAAAUGCCAAAACAAGCACUUAGUGUGGCGUCUCGGCACUUCACAAUACAGGCAACAUCAAAUGAGAGAAAAACUGAUAAUAAGGAGGCCUGCUGAAUAAGAAUGUCUUAACAACGUAAGGUUCAUCUUCAUAAAAAUGGGACACAUGUACAUCAAGGAGAAGGAUCAUGAGGCUGCUCCUGGGACCCACUUCAGAUAUCACCUCUUCCCUUGAAUACUCAAAGGGGUGCUCUGGGUAAUUGACAGCACUUAAAACUUUUAGUCACCCUAACCUGUUCCUCAAGUAUUCUUAUUAGUUGUAGUAAUGUAAAGGAUUAUCUUAAGCAAGUACUUCAGGGGCUCAGCAUUGCCAAUUUCUGUGCUGGAUUUUUUGCUGUUCAGCACAAGCAUGUUGGUUCUUUUUAAUCUGUACUCUUCAGGAAGCUGUACAUUCUAUAAUUUGAGAUUUUAAAAUAUUUUGCAGGGGCGUGAGCACCUGGCUGGGCCUUUACGCUUGAGCUAGAUUGCAUUCCCACCAGCUCACGUUUUUAUCUUUCUUAGAUGAUUGUGUGAUGUAAUAUAAACAUUUAUUCGACAGAAUGUAAGAAACGAGCUUACGGCUGCCAUUUUCAACACAUGUACACAUGCGGUAUGACUGAAUGUAUAUACAGUAUAGACAAUGAAAGAUGGCAAAAAUAAUUCUUUGUUCUAAAAAGAAAACAUGUAAAUCAAAUGAAUGUAAUGUACUAGCUGUCCAGUUUGCACAAAAAAAACAAACAAAAAAAAAAACAUAAAAAACAACCUCUUCUGUGUCUGCCUGGUAAUGCAGCAGCAUUGCAUUCAUUUAAUGUACUUUUAGAAAGGUUGGUUCAGUCGGAGAAAAGGAGUCGAGGUAGAACUUCCAAAUUCUUGGUGUUAUGGUAGAGGCUCAUAUUGAUUCAGUUUCCUUUAUUUUUUUGGACAAUGCAAAACCUUAUGGCAGCUUUUUGAGGCAACUGCAGUGAAUGCGUGCUGCAGAAAUCAGGACUGUUGAACAUUUCUUUUGUUUUUCUGUUUUUUUUUUUUGUUUUUGUUUUCUUUUGUUUUUGGCUUGAUGUUUGGGGACCAAGGGUGGGACUGCACACUUUGUGUUGGGGUGUAUAGGCUGGAGACAAUUGAUACUAAAAAAUCAGUAGGCCUUUUAUUUCUGCUUUGAAUUCAACACAACAUAAACCUUUUGUCAUUAAUUGUGAAAUUUAAAAGAAUAUAAUCCAAAGAUGUUGCCCUGACACAUAAAGAGUAAUAUUCAAGCAUUUUGAGAUAAGUUAUUAUUUUAUUCCCAUUUUUACAGUGCAUUCAACUUUUUAUAGCAUCCUUUGCCGACUAUCAAGGCAUACCACGUGAAUGUCACAAAAACAACAUUUAGUUUAAAUGUGUUGGUCAUCUGGCUUUUUUGAUUAAUUAUUUGCUCACAUUAUAUUAUUUUGCCCCCAUGGCAGUACCCUUUGUGUGUGUGUGUGUGUUGGCACCAAGAGAAGCUGCCUGUCACUGCAAAGCAUUAAGUGUAAUUUGAUUUAUAAGGCAAAUGACUGUUGGAGCUCCAGCCCUUGAAAUGGAACGGUGUUUUUGUUUUUAUUUUUUACUAAGGCAGGGGAGUUUGAGAUAUUUUUAAUUUUGUGGUCCUUGGCGCAAGCCCAUCUGUAUUUUUAUCACUGCAUUAAUUUCAUUUUUGUAGUAUGACGGAGCUGCAGCUCUAACUAUUAUGUUGUCAUACAUUUUAUAAUUGUAACAUUUGCUCUAUGAAUGUGUAUAUAUUAGAUAUGUGCUCUCUCUCGGUCUCAUCAUUUAUAUGAUUGUGUGUAUAUGUUUGUUAUAUAUACAUACAUACAUGUAAAUUAAUUUAAAGUAACAUUCUGGUGAAGGAAGAAUAAAACAUGCAAGGAGAAAAAAAUAUUUUUCUUAAUUAUAUGCCAAAAAAAUAGACUGAAAUAAUUGCUUCCUUUUCAGUGGAGUAUUUUUUGGUCUAUUGUAUGCUAGCCAGGGGUUUACGGCAGCCAGAAGAAAGGUCAGGACCUGCAAGUCUUUCACAUGUUUUGGGAACUGGCAAAGGUGUGUCUGACUUGCUAGCGGUUAAAAGCUCUAACAUUGCUAUAGGCAAAUCUUUUUAGCUAGCGUGCAAGACAAACAUAAAUAUAUCCUGCUCUGAACGUGUAAUCUGAAAGGUUUGCCCCUAGAUUUGGGUUCACAAAAAGAAAAAAAAUAAAUUCUAUUCUCUAGAAAGUAAGCUCCCAUUGGUAAAAGAGAAUGAUAAAAAUAUCCACUGAUAGCGCUUUCCUGACCUGAUCAGCCUGUUGUACUCUUUAAGCACACCCCCUGCAGAAACAAGUGGCUUCUGAGAUUUCUGCAGUGCAUGGGUUCAGCGUGAAAAAUCAAAACGACCGUCUCUAAAGAUUUCCUUUUGUUUUGUGCACAGCGGAUUGCAGUAUAGUGGUCUUGGCAAACGUCCAUUACUCCCCCAAUUAACGUGAAACUUGGAACUGGAGCAAACCUUUAAAAGUGCAUAACAGUUGCCAGUGAUGACAUUAAAUUCUUGUUUAUUUUUACAGUUGUUUAUUUAAUAAUUAGUCCAAUAUUUGUCUAGUUUUCCCAAGUAUAAUUGUUUAAUGUUUCCUACCAAAAUGUAUGAGGCCUGUUUAUCACACAUAUUGCCGCAGUGGUCAAGUAAAUAUUAUACAUCAAAAAAAAAAA